UAUUCUGGUUCCCGUCGUACUAAUACUUAAGUGUCAGGGGCAGGUAAUCCAUAAUAGCUUGGAUUUAGACAACACCGGAAGUCGUACUGUUUGUGUUAAAACUUUAUUACAAAAAGGUUAAAAUAGUAAUAAAAUCAAGGAUUGUUGAACUUCAGAGAGUGACAACACAAGCAGAAGCAGGCGUCGAAAGGCAAUGUGAAUAUGUGUGACUACAACCACAUGAGGUCCUCAGGGGCCCCAAGUGGCUCCAUUGACCAUGUCACGUCCCUGUCAAGUAACCUUGGUGACCUGAUUGACAACUCAGAGUACAGCGACAUCACCCUGAUUGUAGAGGAUAGACGGUUUCCAGCUCACAGAGUGAUCCUUGCUGCCCGCUCUGAGUACUUCAGAGCAAUGCUGUACGGUGGACUGCUUGAGUCUCAGCCAGGAACCAGCGAGAUCCCCCUGCAGGACACGUCGGCCAAGGCUUUCGAGGCUCUCCUCAAAUACAUGUACACUGGCAAGAUGAACCUCACUGAAGUCAAGGAAGAGCACCUACUGGACAUCCUGGGUAUGGCACACCGGUAUGGGUUCACGGACCUCGAGGCCGCUAUCUCUGACUACCUGAAGGCUAUCCUGAACAUCCGCAAUGUGUGCCUCAUCUACGACCUUGCCAACAUCUACAGCCUUCAGAGCCUCUGUGAGGUCUGCAAGGACUUCAUGGACCGCAACGCGACCCAGAUACUGCAUAGCGAAUCUUUUCUGCAGCUCUCUGCGCAUUCAGUGAAGGAGCUUAUCUCCAGGGAUUCUUUCUGUGCUCCGGAGAUCGAUAUAUUCUCGUCAAUCCAGCGGUGGGCAGACGAAAACCAUGGCGAAGACCCAACCCCGAUCCUGGACUCUAUAAGACUCUCCCUAAUGUCAAUGCAUGAACUGCUGAACUGUGUCCGUGAAACAUCUCUUGUAUCUGCUGAUUCCAUACUCGAUGCCAUUAAAAUGCAGACAGAAUGUCGGAACAUGGCCUUGAAAUUCAGAGGGUUUAAAUUGCCGGAGGAAAAUGUGGCUACCACUCGACAUGGUGCUCAGGUUAUUAGGGGGGAAAUGAAAGCAGCAUUGUUGGAUGGAGACACAAUAAACUAUGACCUUGACCGAGGCUUCACUAGACACCUCAUAGAUGACAACAACGGCCAAGGCAUCGUUAUCAAGCUUUCUCAGCCUUACAUUGUCAACACAUUCAAACUGCUUUUAUGGGACAGGGAUCAGAGGUCCUACUCUUUCUACAUCGAGGUGUCAAUGGAUGACAAGGAUUAUGAGCGUGUCAUAGACCACACCCAGUACUGGUGCCGAUCAGAGCAAAUCCUGCACUUCCAGCCAAAAGUGGUCAGGUAUGUUCGAGUGGUGGGCACCCACAACACACAGAAUAGAGUAUUCCAUCUAGUCUCCUUUGAGUGUUUGUACACCAUGAAAACAUUCAACCUUCAUGAUGGUCUCAUUGUUCCUAGCGAGAAUGUUGCAACUAUAGCCAAGAAGGCCUGUGUUAUAGAAGGUGUAAGCAGAAGUCGUAAUGCUCUGAUUAAUGGUGACACUCGUCAGUAUGAUUGGGACUCUGGUUACACCUGCCAUCAGCUCGGCAGUGGGUCCAUAGUGGUACAGCUACCGCAGCCGUAUGUGCUGGACUCAAUGAGACUGCUGCUGUGGGACUGUGAUGACAGGAGCUACGGCUACUACAUCGAGACCUCUGUGGACAACAGCAACUGGGAGCUGGUAAUUGACAAGAGGAACGAGUCCUGCAAGUCCUGGCAAAAUGUAACCUUCCCUAUGAGAGCUGUGGUGUUUGUCAAGAUUGUAGGUACACAUAACACGGCAAAUGAGGUUUUCCAUUGUGUCCAUUUUGAGACCCCUUCACAGGCUGCCAAGCUGGCACUCACCUCCCCAAGCCCCAAAAACCCUGGUCAAGCCUCUGACAACCAAAGGUCACAGGGUCAAGGUCACAGCUCAGGUCAAGGUCAACCCCCGACCUUGACCCUCAGAUUGCCGGGGAGCCCACGAGGGGCAGUUCAAGGUCUUGGAGCUGGUGCCUUUGCUGAACCGAUGGAAGGGGACGCAGUGGCAGGCAUAAGCCUGUCUCGAAACCUCACGGCAGCCUCGAUGGAUGUGAAUCUUAGUGUGGACGGUGGCAGGAACAUGUUUGAUACACCAGAGUCUGAGCAACAGGAAGUGCAGAGAGAGGAGGUGGAGGAGGAGCAGGAGGCCAAUAAUUCAGACUUUGAAGGGAGAUAAAUCUUGGUAGUGGUAGAUCAUCUGAAUGUAUCUGACUGUGUUAUCUGACUGUGUUAUCUGACUGUGUUACACAUGGGUCUCACUCUGAGAAUAUGGCGCUAAAUACAUGUGCAUAAAGUGUUUUCCAGAUUAGACUGUGCUGUCUACACAGGCUAAUCUGGGACAACACUCUGCCUGAACUGAAUAUUCUCGCUAAGAGAGCCAUUCUUUAAACAAAAAUUACCCUUAACGCUGAGCAAUGUCGUCCCAGAUCAGCCUGUGCGGACUGCAAAUUCUUAUCUGUGAUGACACUGUAUGCACAUGCAGUAAACAAAGUUUUCUCAGGGCAAGGGCUCAUAUUUAUUAUGCUGGAUUAAUGUUUAAUAGCAGUACUGCUUUAUGAUUCAGUUUAAUAGCAGUACUGCUUUAUGAUUCAGUUUAAUAGCAGUACUGCUUUAUGAUUCAGUUUAAUAGCAGUACUGCUUUAUGAUUCAGUUUAAUAGCAGUACUGCUUUAUGAUUCAUCUUAUAGCUUUGUUUUAGGAACUAAUAGUAUUUAUGACAUUCAGCAUUGCAUCAGAAUUGUAUUCAUACCUGCAUGAAACCCAUUUUCAAAUUUGAAAAUGGUUAAAGGAUACAAUAGUGUAACUAUAUGUGUCGUGUUCUGAGACUUCUGGUACUUAUUCGGCAAGCGUCAUUAUGAGGAAAACUCAUUCGAAAUGAAGUCGCUGAACUUGCUCUUAAUUUUGUCGGAGUUUUUUUGUGUGAUUUUACCAUUUAUCUUAUUUAAGUAAUAUAAAUAUUGGCAUAGACUAGUACUUACUCGAAUGUUUUAGCAAACAAAUAGUUUAUUUUGACCUUUUAAUGUCAAUGAGCUGAGUUUUUACUCCCCUUUUGCCAAAGUUGGCCAUCAAAAUUUUAUAGCCACACACAAUUUUUCAACAUAUUUUGAUACUGAUUUCAAUUUGAUGCGAAUAAUAAUUAGCAUUUAUAAUAGCAUUAAUUAAUAUGUACCAAUGAUCUCUUAGAUUAGUUUGAAAAUGGUGUAAAAACAUGGCUGUCAAGGGGGCGUGGCAUUUUUUCUUAUAUAGCUAUAGUAAAACCUUGUUAACACUCUAUAAGCCAUAUGUAUUGUCCGAUCAUCAUGAAACUUAGUCAGAAGAUUUGUCCAAAUGAUAUUUUGGACAAGUUCAAAAAUGGUUCCAGUUGCUUGAAAAACAUGGCUACGGGGGGCAGGGCAUUUUUUCUUAUAUGGCUUCAUAAAUCUUCAUAAAACUUUGUCAGAAUAUUUGUAUUAAUUAUAUCUUGGAUGUGUAUGAAAAUGGUUCUGGUCUGCCAGGUGGUUCACUAUUAAUGAAACUUGGUAAGAACAUUUUGUUCUAAUGACAUCUUGGGUUGCACAGAACAGGUCAGUUCCUUUCCUCUCAGGUGAGCGACUUUGGGCUUUCAGGCCCUCUUGUUUAAACAUCAUCUACUAAAUUACCCCACCCCACAUUAUACCCCCCUCUCACCCCCCCCAACCCCCCUAGUAGUCGAGCGCCCUGUCCUCUGACAGCUAUUGUUGUAAGCAAAGUUUGAUGUUUGGUAAGGGGGGUCAACUCAAAAUAUAGGCCACCAGGUCAAAUCUUACCAAAAAAAAAUCACUCCAUAUGCCAGAGUUUUGGUUCAAUAAUGAUGAAACUUGACCAGGAUGUUUGUCUGGACAAUAUCUAGGUCAAGUUUAACGUUUGGUAAAGAUUGAAUGAACUGACUCCUCUCAGGUGAGUGAACUAGGGCCAUCUUGGCCCUCUUGUUCUACAUAUAUUAUUAAACUUAGGUAAGCCAGGCAUGUUUGUGAUACGAAAAUGUCAGUUUACUUUUGUCUCCGUAUUUUGAACAUACGCCAUGAUGUCAGUUAUAUUUUUGCCCCCCUUCGAAAAGAGGGGGUAUAUUGUUUUGCUCAUGUCAGUCCGUCCGUAUGUCCGUCCACCAGAUGGUUUGCGGAUGAUAACUCAAGAACGCUUUGGCCUAGGAUCAUGAAACUUCAUGGGUACAUUGAUCAUGACUCGCAGAUGACCCUUGUUGAUUUUGAGGUCACUAGGUCAAAGGUCAAGGUCACGUUGACCCAAAAUAGUAAAAUGGUUUAUAGAUGAUAACUCAAGAACACUUAUGCCUAGGAUCAUGAAACUUCAUACUAGGUACAUUGAUCAUGACUCACAGAUGACCUCUAUUGAUUUUCAGGUCACUAGGUCAAAGGUCAAGGUCAUGGUGACCCGAAAAAGUAAAAUGGUUUCCAGAUGAUAACUCAAGAAAGCUUUUGCCUUGGAUCAUGAAACUUCAUAGAUAUAUUGAUUAUGACUCGCAGAUGACCCCUAUUGAUUUUCAGGUCACUAGGUCAAAGGUCAAGGUCACGGUGACCCAAAAUAGUAAAAUGGUUUCCGGAUUAUAACUCAAGAACGCUUAUGCCUAGAAUCAUGAAACUUCAUAGGUACAUUGAUCAUGACUCGCAGAUGACCCCUAUUGAUUUUCAGGUCACUAGGUCAAAGGUCAAGACGACCUGAAAUAGUAAAAUGGUUUCCAGAUGGUAACUCAAGAACGCUUAGGCCUAGGAUCAUGAAAAUUCAUAGGCACAUUGAUCAUGACUCGCAGAUGACCCCUAAUGAUUUUCAGGUCACUAGGUCAAAGGUCAAGGUCAUGGUGAUUCAACUUAGAAAAAUGGUUUCCGGAUGAUAACUCAAGAACACUUACGCCUAGGAUCAUGAAACUUCAUAGGUACAUUGAUCCUGACUCGCAGAUGACCCCUAUUGACUUUCAGGUCACUAGGUCAAAGGUCAAGGUGACAUGACACAGUAAAAUGGUUUCCGGAUGAUAACACAAGAAAGCUAACGCCUAGGAUCAUGAAACUUCAUAGGUACAUUGAUCAUGACUCGCAGAUGACCCCUAUUGAUUUUCAGGUCACUAGGUCAAAGGUCAAGGUCACAGUGCCAAAAAACGUAUUCACACAAUGGCUGCCACUACAACUAACAGCCCAUAUGGGGGGCAUGCAUGUUUUACAAACAGCCCUUGUUUUAAGUAAAAUACAUUGUUUUUGUAAGAUUGUGUUCAUGAUAAGUUUUGUUAUCACAAUCACAUUUAAUUGUUUAUGCAAAAUAAACCGUUUGACCAUACAA